AUGAGCCUCACCAUGCCACGGAUCGUGAGCGAAGAGGAGUCGCGACACAAACCACGAAUCCUCUGCCUACAUGGCGGCGGAGUCACAGCCGAGGUCUUUGAGAUGCAAGCGCGGUCACUGAUUCGCUGUCUUCCCGACUUUCGACUCGUCUUCGCCGACGGGCCAUUCUUCUGCGAUGCCGGACCCGGAAUCAUGUCCGUCUAUUCAGAACACGGUCCAUUCCGGAGAUGGGUACGAUGGCUGCCCGAACACCCUCCGAUCGAUGAUGAUACUGCAAUAGAAGAAAUCAUGUACGCGAUCAACACAUGUAAAGAGAACGAUCGAGGUGACGGGCCAUGGGUUGGCUUGCUGGGCUUCAGCCAGGGCGCCAAAAUCGUAUCGAGCUUGCUCUACGACCAGCAGAUUCGCCUUGAGAAGACGGGCAAGGCGGACACGGAUUACAAAUUUGCGGUGGUCAUGGCAGGACAGGGACCGCUGGUGUCGUUAUCCGAGCACAGCCAGAGUCCGGCCAUGAUUACCGCUGGCGCGAUGAGUCAACGGUUUGAGGGUGUCAGCCCACAUAUCGUCAAAUUGCCUACAAUCCAUCUCCAUGGCUUGAGCGAUCCGGGCUUGCCUCUUCAUCAGCAGUUCUUCCGCCAGUACCACGACUUGUCGAGCAGUUUGCUUCUAGAAUGGGCCGGUGCGCAUCGCGUACCGAUAAAGAAGGAAGAUGUGGAGCCUCUUACGGAAGCAAUCUAUAAUGUUGCUAGAAGACAGGGAGUGGAGUUUGAAGACGAGUGA